AUGAAUCAUCUUUCCAGGACUAAUCCUGAGGCCAAUGAACCAGUAACCCUAUCAAGAGACACUGAUACGGGAGAUCAUCAGAUAAAGAAGGUGUCGACUAAAACAAAUCUGGAUUUGGGAUUUCCCUUGCGGUUAUUUUCACUUGGUUGUGAACCGGAGUUUGUUAGAAGCAUCAACUACCAUAGCAAGAUUAAAUUUCUGCAAAAGGUGGAAAAUGCUGUUGGACCAAAAGCGUGGAACCACAUUUUUAAUUCUCCAUUGGGGGUAAUUGCACGGUUCGUAGUCAAUAAUUUCAAAUGGUCGUCUAAGGUUGUCGAAAACCUGCUUGUGAAGCAACUUGUCUGCGAGAAAUAUUACGAGAUGUGGUGUUUGUUCGGUGGUACACCGGUUCGGUUUUCUCUGUCAGAGUUUGAAAACAUAAUGGGUCUUAACUAUGCACAUUUACCUGAUGACAAGGAAAUAUAUGUGAUGACACAUGUGCAUAAAGUGCUGUGGACAAAGAUAGGAAUCAAGAAAAGUGAGAACCCAAGUAGGGAUGAUCUGAUAAAUGUGGUUGACCAGGUUGCAAGUUGGCGAGACGACGACGACAAAAUUCGCUUUGCGUAUUUGUCUAUUUUAGCUACUGUCAUCAUCGGCAACGAUGGCCAAAAACCGCUAUGUAAUCGAGCUCGUAUGGUCAUUGAUUUGCCCAAUUUUGAGGGUUAUCCUUGGGGCAGAUUGGCUUUUGAGACUCUGAUUAAAUCAGUGCAGCUUUGGAGCGAGGGUCAAUCACAAUACAUGGGUACUAAAAGUCCUCCUCUUCUGAAGUUCAAUGGCCAAAAAUCGUAUGGGAAAAAGGAUAUCGACAUUGAUAAGAUCUUAGCUUAUGAUAAGGAAAUCAUUAAGAAUGUUUUCAUCAAUAAGUCAGAGCCACCUGUUUGGGAUAAAGAAGGAGUGGAUGAGAAAAUUGACGCUCUUAUGCAAGUCAUAUGCAAAGAAGGAGGUUUGGGAGCUGUUACUUGGGUCGAUCAUGGUUUGAAAAGCGUCAAUAAGGAAAAAAACGACGGAAGAGUUCGUGGAGAGAAAAUAAGGAAGAAAAAAAGAGAAGCUAUGACUGAAGAGGAUCAAGGAGAUGGUGAAGAGAAAAAGAUGAUGAAAACGAGAGAACCUACUUAUGAGGAAUUAUUUUUGAGAAUCAAACAUUUGGAGAAUGAAGUGAAGAUAUUGAAAGGUAGAGAUAGGAAGAAGAAGCAAUGUAAGAGGAAAAAGACGAAAUUACUUCUAACUUGA